UUGGUUGAAUGUGUUUUUCUUUUGUACAGUGCAACGAACCUCACCACAGCUACAAGAGACAAGUGUGGUGACUUUUAAUAUAAACUGUCAAGAACGUGUAAUUUAAAGCAAUUACAUUUUCCUUGCAUUCUCCUUCACUGCAUUUUUACUUACGCUGCGUGGUGAACGUUUUGUGCUUCUUUUCGUUUUAUUUGGUUAUUUAAACGUUAAAAGUGAUCGUAAACUUUUUUAUUAACUGAAUUUUGUUUUAUCUUAAUUGAAAUUAAUUUAUAAAGAAAGUAAGAAAUUAAUUUAUACAUUCAAGGUGUACAAUUUCAUAAUGUCUGAAAUAUUUGAACAGUUAUUAACAUUACUCUAUGGUGCUUCCUCAAGUUUGGUCGUUAAGUUUGCGGACACUGAAAAAGAACGACAAAUUCGUCGCAUGCAACAAAUGGCGGGUCACAUGAAUUUACUUAAUCCUUUUGUUUUUAAUCAAUUUGGUCCAUAUGGAGCUUAUGCACAGCAACAACAAGCCGCUUUGAUGGCAGCCGCUGCCACUGCACCGGGGUCAUUUAUAAAUCCAAUGGCUGCUCUGGCAACGCAAAUACCUCACGGCUUAAAUGGUACCGGGCAGCCAUCAUUGCCAUCACCAACAAUGCCCAACUUUAAUAUGGGAGCCCAAACGCCAAAUGGACAACCACCAUCUGCAGCCGCAGUCGCAGCUGCUGCCGCCGCUGCUGAUGGUGUCUUCUCGAAUGGCAUUCCGCAGACAGCAUUCCCAGGACAUUUCUCACUCACAGAUCCACUGCACCUAACAAUUCCUCCGCAAGGUCUGCCAAGCAGUGAAGCUGCCGCCUUGCAACACGCCUUCGCUGGAAUGCCACCGUUUCCAGGAGUUGCCUUCCCCGCCGUCUAUGGACAAUUUCCUCAAGCUUUACCAACACCAAUCGCGGCGGUUGCUCCGACUCAACGUGAAGAUUUUCUGAUGUUCCCAGGAUGUUCAAUUUCGGGACCAGAGGGCUGUAACCUAUUUAUUUAUCAUUUGCCGCAAGAAUUUGGUGAUGCAGAAUUAAUGCAGAUGUUCAUGCCUUUUGGUAAUGUGAUCAGUUCGAAGGUGUUUAUAGAUCGUGCAACAAAUCAAAGCAAAUGUUUUGGUUUUGUGUCCUUUGAUAAUCCUGCCAGCGCUCAAGCAGCCAUUCAAGCUAUGAAUGGCUUUCAAAUUGGUAUGAAAAGACUGAAGGUUCAAUUGAAGCGGCCAAAGGAUGCUAGUCGGCCCUAUUAACAAUCGGAGUUCCUCAAAGCGCUACAUAUAUUACAUAGCAAUACCAAUUAUAUAGCCAGCAGCUGUUAUAAUAGAUAUAAUCAUAUGAACCAUAGCAAAACCACAACAACUACGACAACUAUUACGAAAACAGCCACAAUAAGAGAACAUAAAUUAAUAUACAAUUUUAAAUGAAAUCAUCCAAAGAACAACAAAACAAACUAUUAAUAAUUUUUUUAA